AUGGCUUUCAUGAUAUCUAAAGCCCAGCAAUCUUUCUCAGAAACCGAGAAGUUGAAACUAAACCACCCAGGGGUUGAAGACAACCAAGCUCUUACUAGUACUAUCAGCAGCCAGCUCCAUUUAAAACCAUCAGUUCAUUCAAUGGACAAAGAUGUUAUCCUUAAACGCAUCCGCCACCAUAAGACCGCAAACAAGGUAAAAAACGCUUUCCGAGCUCUGGCUACAAGCGGCUUAGGCCAAGAAAACAUGGUUUUAGCGAACCAACGAAAGUGGCUGGACCCUGAUGAUAUGUUCUCCUCUCCUUGA